CCCAUAAACUUCUUGUAAGCGCUCAAAGCCCUAAACCCUGCCACAACCAUCCACCCACCACCACCACUGCCACCACCCUGUAGAUUUCAUUUUCCCUAGUAUCGGAUCAUCCUCCUUUGUCUCCCUCCUCUCCUCCUUUUGUUUUUUUUUGGAUAAUAGUGUGGAGAAAUGCAAGCUAUUCAUGGAAAGAUUCGACUGAUAGGGAGGCUGACCAUCAACAAUUUUAAAAAUGUUGAUCUCAAGAGAGCAGUGUGGGACAGUGCUGUCACUAGCUCGAGCACUCAUUUUGGUUCAAAUCCCUUAUGGUUGCAGCUCAAGGAGUUUGGUACAGAAACUGGCUUCUUGAUGUCAUUCAAGAACAAUGGCAUGUCGAAAGGGGAAAAAUCUUGGACUGGGCCUGCACCGUGUUUAUCGCAAUCGGUUAGACUUGUGCCAACCAACAGGUGCUUCUCAACAAUUGGAAAUUCAGUCGAAUCUGCUCCUCAAGAUGCUUCUGUUACUACAUCGAACAUACCUACACGGAUCAAAUUUAAGAGGCUUGAUAAAACAGCAAGGCACAUAAUGCAGAUUCUUGAUAAGGAAGCAGUUGAGGAAGUGAAGUCAAAGAGAGAGAUUCCUGAAAUUAAACCUGGUUAUAUGGUCCAGCUCAAAGUGGAAGUGCCUGAGAACAAAAGACGUGUUUCAGUAAUUAAAGGCAUAGUAAUAGCAAGACGAAAUUCUGGUAUCAGUACAACAUUUAGAUUGAGAAGACUUGUGGCUGGCGUUGGCGUUGAAUCCCUUUAUCAACUGUACUCGCCUAAUAUAAAGGAGAUUAAGGUACUGGACAAAAAGAAAGUGCGGAGGGCUAAGCUAUACUAUCUCAGGGACAAGAUGAAUGCACUUAAGAAAUAAUAGCACGUUGUCUGAGAUGAGAAGUGUAUGUGAAUUCAGAAAAUGGAGGUAUCUGCUGACGACAAGGUCAAUUUCUGCAGAAAAUAUUACUUGGCUUGUACCCAUAACUUCAUCAAUGAACUUGAGAGGCAAAACUGAAUAGUCACAGGCUGACGAGACUAUGGUGUAGUGGCUAAAGUUGAGGUUCCAAAACUUGGGAGAUUCUGAGUUUAAAUUCCCUCUCCUUCCGCCCUCUUCCUGUUUCUUAAAUCUCAUCCAUUUCUUGCUAGGAGGAAAAAGGGAAAAAAGAGAAUAGCCAUGUUACUUAUUUGACAAUUUUAUACUUUAGUGUCAUAGUCAUUAUAGAGUUAAGCAGACAGUAGAUCUCUUUUUUGGAUAGCUUAAAACCAUUUUGCUUCCCAUUUCUUGAAGCAUAAUGUACUUCUGAAUCAGGCAACGAGCAUCAUGGCCUGGUGUAAUUACUCAAAUUAGUACUAAUCUCCAGUUCCUCGA